GUGAAUGGCUUAAGAAAUAGCUUGACAAGCAUGACAAUGAAGGAUCCCUACGAUUUACAGCAAGCUCAGAAACAAAAAAAAACAUCUCUUGAGCAGGAACUGUCUGAAGAGGCUGCUAAAAAAGCUACAAAGAUUGAAAAGGGAAGCUACAAUAGAGCACGCAAGGCAAGAAAAAAGCUGGAAGAGGCGGAACAAAAGCAAAAAAUGACAACAGAAGAGGUAAGAAAGCAGAAUGAAUCAUUGGAGCAUGGACGGCAGGGUGCAUUCAAGGUUCAUGAAGAGGCAGAAAAGGCCAAGGAUACAGCCAUAACACUGGAGAAGGAAAGAAACGCAUUUGAUAUUCUUGCACCUGCUAAAGCAAAAUAUGGAAAGUGGGCUGCAAAAGAUGCACAGGCAGCAGCCGAAAUUGAACAAAUGAAAAACAAGUCAUCUGAACAAUUGGAAAAUGAGGCUAUGUCAGAAAACAAAGAACUGGGAAAUUUGAAUGCAAAAACUGAGGCAGAAGCGAAGACCAAUAAGGAGCUUCAAAAGAUCUACAAAAGCGUUAAAAGGAUCAACAAGGAGACUGAGGUUCAGUCACGAGAAAGCAAGAAGCAGAAAUCAAAGCUAGGUGAUAUUAUGAAAACAAGUGAAUAUGCCAAAAAAUCAGUUAAAGAAACCGACGAGAAAUUACGCAAGAAUUUAUGA